UCGAGCCGAUCGGUCGCUGUUGCUUCGGGCACACACAGUUUAUAUCACAGCGUGCGAGAUAGAGCACCUAUACUGCCUACCUGUUAUACCUUCACAUCCGUUCGGUUAACCGAUCGCCGCUGCGCUUUGUGCGCACCGCUUGUUUGUUUUCAUCCACGACAUAUUACGUACUUCAUUUACACCGCCAGUUAAUCUUGGUUCGUCAACUGCACUGUUUUUGUGAUUGUAUAAUUAUAGUUCUGCGACUUAUAAAAGCAGUUUUGUGAGAUCUUUUCGUAUAUAUCUCUUGCUUGAGAGAUAUCUGCUCGAAUUUUUUUGCUCAGUGUCAGUGCGAAACUUGCAAGUUUUGUUCUCCACGUAUCGAGGAACCACGCGUUACUAGUGACUACAAGAACGAUCUCCGCCAAGAUGAUUUUCAACAACAUUAUCAACGGAGUGCUGCUGCUGGCUAUCGUGGGCGUCGCGUCGAUUCAAGCGAACCGAUUGGUAGCGGUGGAGAUAGUGCCGGACAAGCAGACGGCCGUUAAACAAGGGGAAGAAUUGAAGAUAGUGUGCAAAGUACCGAUGGAGUUGCAGGUCUGCAGAUUCGUCAUACCUCGCGAAGGUGAUUCUGGUCUGAUCCUCAAGCCAGGACCGCAGUCCGAGGAUGGCAUCGAUUACUUCGGUGAAGGCCUGGAGAAGGGUUACUGUGGCAUCAGACUAGCGAAGGUCAGGGAGAACGACGACGGCAACUACACCUGCGCCAUCACGCCCAAAAACGCACGUACCGAGAGCGUCAACAGCGUCCGCGUUAUCGUUGCCAGGGAACCGUCGAUGCCCACCCUCGAGCUCGCGAAGGACAGCUUUCGAGCUGGCGAGAAAAUGGAUAUCGUCUGCCACUCCGACGGAGGAAAACCACCGGCCAAUCUCAGUCUCUUCAUCGAUAAGGAGCAGAUCCAAUACGACGAAAGGCCAUUGGUUUACGGUCGUUACGAUGAGUCUGUUGCCAUGCUCAAAACAUCUCGCGCUGUCUCGAUAGAGGACCACGGAAAAACUCUCACUUGCACUGCAUCCCACAUCGCUCUCUCGACACCCAAAUCCGCCAGUCAACAGAUCAACGUGGAGUUUCCACCCGAAAAGCAGGAAAAGAUCGAGCGUUUUGGAUACACCAUCGGCCAAGCCGGUAAAGUCAAUGUGACCGUCCGUGCUAACCCCAUGCCUGCUUUUACCUGGGUAGUCGGCGAACAGAGAAUCGCAGCCGGUCAGCCUGAUAAUACUCACCGUAUCCAGACGUCCAGCCCCGUCGAUAUGGGUCACGGAUUCUGGGGCGUUGAGUUCCUCAUUGAUAGUGUUCAAAAAUCCGACACAGACAAACCCUAUAUUCUGGAAGCCGUCAACAGAUUAGGAACCGAAAGUUACAGAAUUAUCCUUUCGUCUGCAACUGAACCAGCAGGAGUUGAUAUGGAAGCAGGAUCCAUCAUUGGCAUUGUCAUCGGAGUUUUGAUCUUAAUCUUCGCUGUAUUCUUGGUAGUUUUUGCUCGGGCAACAGGACGUUGGUGCUUUGCAGCGAGGCGCCGUGGCGACGAGGAGGCGGCCGAGGGCGCGGGCGCCGGCAGCGAAGCGCACAUCACGCCUGGCUCCGACGAGGACGACGAGCAGCACGAGCACGAGCAGCACAUCAUAAACGACGAGAAGGUGCCGCCAAUAUCGCACGGCCAGGAGAAUCCCGUUCACGCGAGCACCGAGUACGUCAACGGCCGCAACGACAUCAAUAAUAAGGACGUCAAGACCGACACCCCCGUCUAAGACACUCCGCAAUCCAUACUCCUCUUGCCUAAGAUACAUACCAUCUCUCGAUCAACAACUAUCUUCGCAACAACACCGUCAGUACACGCACGAGCCUCGACCAUUCUUUCAAAAUGACUAUAUACCCAUCAGCUCGGCGCUGAGCUGUCUGUGUACAUGUGUGUGACCACUGUGAAAGCGUGUCGACUCGGGGAUCGACUAGCCAUUUUUUCCUCUUGCGGGCACAUGCGACUUUUCCUCGAGCGAGCGGCGCCGUCCUCUUUAAUUGUAAUGAUGUAACCAGACAUGUCGUUGCCGUCGUCGUCGUCGUCGCCGUCGUCGUCGUCGUCGUCGUCUUCGACAUUGAACUUUUACGCAACGUUAGCGAAUCGCUAAGCGAAGCCUCGUCCUUCACUCUAUAUAUCUUUUUUUCUACCCGAGCAUGUAGUCAGUUAAUCUUUUCUCUAUUUUUCUAUUUUUUCAUAGAUUUUUUCUAUCGAGCUUCUCGGCGAUCCGCCUACGGAUAUGAUUACUGUCAAACGCUUUUUAUAUUUCUUGUAAAAUGAAAUAACGUCAGCAAUAGGUAUAUUUCUUCAACUUAAGUUCUGUUUUGAUGACAGCGAAUCAUCACAGUCGCUUUAUUCAUAUACAAAUUGACUGCAUAUGCCACUCAAUGCACUUAUCUGACGUUAUCUCGUUUUUCCGUACGUGAGUUUGUAAAUAGCUUAAAAGAGAUAAAUAAAAUAGCUUAAUAACUAAAAAAAUAGCUUAAUCCUGCAAUCGAAUCUCUAAUUAGCAGAAAUCAUUCCAAUGCGCAUAUAUACAAAUUUUGCAAUCUUGCAUCAAUCGAUUUGUUAAGCAAAAAUGCAUCUAACAGAAUCUCAUUAGAAUUAAAACAAAUGUUUUUAAGUAUCACAGUUUUGUAAGGGCAUACUUAAGUUUAGCUGAAUAAGACUAUUAAUGAAUGAACAAAUUUAAUGCCAUGGCAAUAUCAUUUGAACAUUCCUCAAUAAAAAUAGUUAGAAACUCGUCGGUAGUUUGUAUGAAAAAACACGGCCGGCAUUCUUUGAAAUGAUCUGGCCUUUAUAAAAACAAAUGGAAGACGUAAUUUCCAUAUAAAAUACAUAUUUUUCUUUGGGAUCAACAAAGUUUAUCUUUUAUUUUCGUGAGUUUUUAUUUGACAUAAUGUAAACAUCACUUCUGCAGCCGUUUGAAGAACAAUUGCAAUUGCUAUAAUUUAAUUAUUAAAUCAAAUAAAAAAUAAUUGUGUUGAUGUAUUAUAACUAUAAAAAAUGCUGUCAUAAGCAUAGUAAAAUACUUUAAUUUUGAAUUUUUCAAAUUUUCAGUGCACGGUUCGAUAAAACGGGUGCAGUUUAAGACAAGUAUUUAAAUUUAAGUUUUAUUUUAUUAUAUCUUGAAAACUAGCACGCAAAACACUGGUUAGAUCACGUGAUUUUUUUGUAAUUCAGCACAGUAGUUAGUAUUUUUCAAACUCACUGAUAUGAAAUUUUCGGUAACUAAAAUAUAAUAUUAUUUAUUGCUCUUUAAUUUUUGUGAAAAUAGACGUACUUUCAUGAUAAUCUCAAUACUUGUGAAUCUAUUAUAGAUUUUGGCUGAAUUUGAAGUUUCUGCCAUUGCUUUUUUCAUAUAUAAAUGACAAAAAUGAGAGCUCUUACAUUCUAAUUUUUUAAUGCUCCCAUGCGCUCCAAUCAACUGUUUUCGAACUACUAUUUCACGUUAUCAUUGACAAUAAAGAUUGUUUAUACUUUUAUAUAGAUAAUUUUUGCUAAGCCUCACCUAGGCGUUAUGAAAAAGUGAUAGGUAACUUUUACCAUUUUGAAACUUAUGGAAGUUCAUUGUCUAAUUUAAUUAAUACAACAUGAUAGAAAACAAAAAAUAACUGCCCUGUAUUGAGAUUACAAAAUUUUAUUUUGUAUUUUUUAUUUCUACUACUAAUUACUGUUUUUGUAAUCAUUUAUUGAACAAAGAAUUUUUAUAAAUAUUUAUCAAAUAAAAAGACUUUAAGUAAAUAAAAACAAAUAUGAAUAUUUGUAAAUCGUAUGCUUAUUUUCAAAAUCCUUUUCAUUUGGGUAUUAUAAUUAUUUCGAAUUUAAUAAAGUAUUAAUUAGCUAUUUAAAUUAUAAUCAAAUCAAAGAAAUCAAGUUAUGUAAUGUAAAUGUUCGAAAGAAAUAUCUCUUGGGCUUUAAAUCAACAAAAAAACUGAAAUUGCGAUUUCUGUUUGUAGAUUAUACUCAAAAAGUUAUAAUAAAGAAUAAUUAAAAAUGCUCGAAUAUGAAAUAAUGAUAUAGAGAAACAUUGAUUCGCAAUAUACAAGAAAAAUUCGUUAGCGGUCAGCCUCGACAAAUUCGUAUGCAGUGUAUAUAUAUGGAAAAUAUAUGAAAGGAAAAUAUACAAAUAUACAUAUUAUAAAUAUUAUUGCGGUGAGAUUGAAUUAUAUAUUCAUGAUAAAUUAUGUUGGAAAAACGUCGAGGCAUUUGGCUUGCAACACAAAAAAUUAUGUAUCUACAUAACUUGCAUCCCAAUUGCCACCGACCUAUAGUUACUCAUUCAUAUUUGUAUUCAUGAAUAACAAGAUGUUACAAAUUGCAGAGUGAUGUGUUACUUGAUAUUAAAAAAUACAAAGUUCUAUCUAAGUAACAUUGGAAAAUUGUUCGACGGAAUUUCUCUGUCCACAGUAUUGAUAGAAGUAUUCAUAAUUCAUGUCUGUGACCUAAUCAAUGAUUAAACUUCGUGACUUGUAAGAGUAUGAAAAUACCUAAGUUUAUUCACGUGAUUAAUGAAUGGAAUUUAUUUUACAUUAUUGAUGGAAUUUGUUUUUUUCAAUGAUUUUAUUAAAUGACAUAAUAGUUCAAAAUGGAAAGUGUAAUAAUAUCAGAAUUCCAAAUGAUAUAGAAAAUAAAUAAUAAAGCUAUAUAAAUAUCAAUGCAUUUGCAAUAAUUGCAGUACCGUUCUCAACUUAAUGUCAUUUCACUUUACAUAAUCAGAUAUGACAAUGUGAAAAAAAGUGUAUGGUAGAUACAGAAAAACAUUUUGAAAAUUAUGUCAGAAGAUACAGACUUUUAAGAGAAAUUUAAGAAAAACCAAUCAGUCCUUUUAGAUAUUUAAUAUCAGUGUUUAUCUGAAAUAUUAAAAGUUCAAUUUUUGAAAGCAUAUCGACAUAAGUACAUGUGCAAUUCUACCACUGCCGUCAAAAACAGUAUAAAAAGUAAUGAACCAAAUAAUAAAAUUGUGACCAAUUACUUUUUCUACAGUAAAUAUUAUUUCAAAUUUCGUUAAAAUCAUUCUAUUUCUAUUAUUACACUAAGUAUUCAUUAGCCACGCCAACCUUUUUCUGACAAAAGUUUACAUAUUUGAAGAAGUAAGUGUAAGCAUGAAUCUACAAAAAUUCGAAAUGUUUCGAUAAUAAAGGAGUAUUCACAAAACAUUUCUGUAAAAUUAUACUUCAAAUUGUCAAUGCUAAAUAUAAUAAAUAUAAGCUCAAGAUUAUCGUUGAACUGACGAUUAUUGAGCAAGGGGAAAAUAACACGAAUUUACGUGAAGAUUUUUAAGCAGCAAACACUCCCUUAGACGCUGUGAGAAAGCUAACUCGUUUUCAUUGUAUAAAUAUACUUUAAAGUACAUUGUUACAUUUGUACGAUGUGCUUGCAUAAUUACUAAUUAUUGAGAAUCGAUUCUAAGUAUUUACAACUAUAUAAAGAGCAUGUUCUCAUUCAAUAAGAUUUAAUGUUUUGUAAACGUCGAUUCUUGUAGCUGUACUUUAAAUUUAGCCUGUAUUUUAUUGUUUAAAUAAUUUGCAAUAAUGAUAUGGAAACGAAGUUGGCAACUCAUUGAAAAAGAUAUAACUAUAUAGUAAUAUAAGCAUGAACGUUGGCCAUACAAUGGAGUAAACAUAUAUAAAUAUAUUUAUGUUAAUGUAAGGUUUAGAUAUUACAACGACAAAUGUGAACAAGUUAUUAUCAUUAUCAAAAGUUGGCGUUCUCUGAAAAAAAAAUGUUUAUACAAGAACGUUUAUAAUCUUUUUUACACAUUUUUAAUAACUAAAAAAUCAAAUCAUUCUUGUGAGUAAAUUAUUUACUAUUCAAUUUAUCUCACUUUUAUACGUAUUCAAUAAACAGACUAUACCAAUGGAAUCAUAUUAAUUUAAAACGCACGAUUCAAUAAAAUUUAAUCUCACCUUGUAUUAUUAGAAAUGUAUCACUUCAGAGACCGCUACUUUGUUUUAAAGAUAACUGCGAAAAUCUAAAUCUAAAUGUUACGAAUCUUCAGUGAGAAAUAAAGUGACUAUGUCGAGCAGAGAGAAAAGAGAAUAGGAAAUAAAAGAUUUUGUAUCUGUACUGUUAGAUACAAUGAUGAUAAAAAAUGAUAUCGGUUACUUAUGAACAGGAUUAAGAAUUAAAAUGAAAUUAAUAUAUAGAGAAAGCUGUAUGUACUUUAAAUAUAAGUUCAUUCAUCGCUAUGAUAUUAUACUUAGGAAUCGUAUGAUUUUUGAAUAAAAUCUUUGUUUUAAUUAUAUGCAUCUCUUCAAUUUCUUAAACAUUCUUUAGUCGUGUAAAAUG